AUGGAGGGGACCAAAAAGAAAGGAAAAUGGGACCAACAAAGUCUACAAACUGCGAUAGACAAAGUUUUGUGCAAAGAAAUGAGCGUGAGAGAAGCUUCGUCGCGCUUUAACAUCCCAAAAAGCACUCUACAUGACAAGACAUCGGCAUUGAGCCGUGGAGAAGAAGUGACGCUGCAACCAAAAAUGGGUAAAUUCACUAAAACUUUUUCACCGGAGUACGAACAAGUUCUAUUGGACCAUGUAAAAGAUUUGUCCAAUAGAUGUAUGCCGCUGAUGAAAAAAGAAUUCUUGAAGUUAGCCUUCGACUUGGCUGAAGCUAUGAAGAUCCCUCAUCGAUUUAAUAAACAGAAGGCUACUGCUGGGAAGCAUUUUUAUUACGAUUUCAUGCAGAGACAUCCUGGUGUUUCACUGAGGGUACCAGAGUCGACAAGCAUGAUGCGAGCCGUAGGUUUCAACAAACCUCAAGUCAAUAUAUUUUAUGACAAUCUUGAAAAAUUAAUGACACGGUACAAAUUUCCGGCCUCCAACAUUUAUAACUGUGAUGAAACUGGAGUAAGCUGCGUGCAAAAACAUCGAAAAGUUCUGGCUCCGAAGACUGUCCGUCAAGUAGGGAAGCUCACUUCUGCUGAGAGGGGCAAAAAUAUAACAGUUUUAUUUUGUAUGAGCGCUGAUGGCCACUUCAUACCGCCAUUUUUUGUUUUCCCUCGACAAAGAAUGAAUGAUCGGCUCAUGAUUAACGCUCCAGCCGGAAGCGUAGGCGUGGCUCAGGCAAAAGGUUGGAUGAACAAUGAUUUUUUUUUACAAUGGUUACAACUAUUUGUGAAACACUCACACCCGACAAAAGAGAGCCAAGUGCUCCUUUUACUGGAUGGUCAUAGCAGCCACAAGACACUGGCAGUCAUCAAUUUUUGCCGAGAUAACAAUAUUCAUUUGAUAAGCACACCACCACACACUACCCAUAAGCUCCAACCACUGGACAGGACAUUCAUGAAGCCGUUCAAAGAUGCUUAUAAUCAACGAUGCGAUAUGUGGAUGAGAGCAAAUGCUGGAUCUCGGAUUACUGAGUACGAUAUUGCUGGUUUGGUCAGUGAAGCGUUCACAAAAGUAGCUCGGCUAGAUAUUGCGGCGUCUGGGUUCAAAUGCACAGGAAUUUUCCCAUUUGACAGACAUUUAUUUUCUGACUUGGAUUAUAUGGCUGUAGACAUGACCAAUGUUUUACUAGAAGAGCCAGAAACAUCCUCAAUCGCACCGGGUUGCAGCGGGGAAGUUUCCGAACAGUGCAACGAUUUGGUCAUAGUGGAAUCCACUGACCCUCCUAAAGAAUCUACCAACGAACCCAGAAUCAGUAGUCCUAAGCCAUCGACGAGCUUUAAUCCAGAUGUUAUUCAAGUUGUCCAUAAAUUGUCGCCUUUGCCAGAUGCUGCCAAAAAACGAUCGGCUACUCGGAAGAGAAAAAGUGAAAAAAAGAAAAAGAAAAUUUUGGGCUUAAAAUUCAAUACUACAUUGGCCGGGAAGGGAAAACAAACCAAGGGCUUGAUGAUCAAAGGAAAAAAUAGAAAGAAAAAGGAACCAUUAACUCCAAUACCUGAACCUGACAACGUCAAAACGACUUGCGUAGUUUGCUUAGAAGACCAUGACGAAGACUGGAUACAGUGCUCUAGUUGCAAUGGGUGGGCACAUGAAGCAUGUGCUGACAUUCCUGAAUGUGCAGAUGCCUACAUAUGUGAUCGAUGCCAAUUAUUUUAA